CAAUGAAAAUUAAAAUAAUUAUGAUCAUCUAACGAUUCCAAACGCGCCUUUACCAUCAUUGACAGUUAGACCCUUCUCAACACAAAACAGGAGAGAGAAAGCUCUGCUCGAAAUCUUACAACUCCCAUCAAUGGCGGAACACGAAGAAGACGGCUUCAGCUUCGGCGAUUUCAAAUUCGCAACACCACCUCCUCCUUCUCAUCUUCAACCUCAACCUCAAUCUCAAAUCAAUGGCGUCACUUCCACCUCCAAUAUCGCCGACGUUUGGGGCGAUUUCUUCUUCAAUCCUUCACCCCCUCAAUCUACCCCUUCUCAAUCCCAGUUCAAUCUCCCCGAUAACAAUGGCUUCUCAAGUUCCUUCAAUUGGGCUCAACCCGUUUCUGGCCCAUCUCCGAUUCGGGUUGAUCCGGGCCCGACGAAACCGGCGAUUGGAGCUUCGCCUUUGUCCUUGUUCGGUGAAGUUGAUCCAAAUCCUAACACUCAAUCUAAUGGGAACUUUGAUUUUACUGGGUUUAAUAUGAAUUUUAAUGGGGUGGCUUCAGAUUUGAGUAUUGAGAAUGGUAAUAAGAAGAAUGAUAAUAAUGAAGAAGAAGAUGAGGAUGAAUGGGAAUUUAAGGGUGCAUUUUCUGGGAAUUCUGUAACAGAACAAGGGAAUUCAAAGGAUGGCUCUGUAGUAUCCAAAUCAAAAAUCGAGCUUUCGAUGAAAAAGGAGCAAGAAAAGCAGGCCGGUCAGGAUGCUUCCCAAUUUGUUGAUCACAAGCUUGGUGUUAAUGGAUUGGGACCUCAAUCUAUUGACUUUUUUGCUGCACCAUAUGAAAACGAGACUAAUCAUCAAUCCAGUGAAAUGGCUGUUGGUAUCAAGUCAAAUGCAAGCACAACAAAUGGUUUCAUGUGGGAUCCCUUUCCUGAAGUUGAGCUCAUUGACAAUGGAGGUGGAAUAAGUGCAAGUUCUAUGAAUCAAGAUGAUGAUUUUGAUGACUUUGGGGAUUUUAUAGAUGCAUCUCGAGAAGUUGUGUCUAAGGAGCAGCAAGAGCAAGUUGGUAAUGAUGUGAAUCCUGCUGAAGUUCAGCUACCAAAUGGAGAAGCCCAGGAGAAGCAAACCCAAACAAAACAUUCUAGAGGAGCCCUGCCAUUAUCCCUCUUCUGUGAUGAUUCUGAAGAAUCCAGUGAUUCCUUGAAUCUUCAAAAUGAAGUGGCCCAAAUGCCUACUCUUAAUCCUGUGAAUAGCUUCAGUGGCCAGAAACCAGCGAUAUCUAUCAAAGAUCUUGUAUCAAAUUUGUACAGUGAAGCUCAGCUUACAUCUUCAGUUGAUUCUACCGUAAAACCUGCCGAAAAUGGAGUGCACUCCCCACCAAAGGCAGCGGUAACAACUUCGUUGGAUGAGGAUGAUGACUGGGAUGACGAUUCCUGGGAGUUUAAAGGUGCAUAUUCAGAUAAUGGAGUUGGAGAACAGUUGUCCACAGCUAUUCCGGGAAAUGUGGCUCAGAAACAGUUACCAGAAUUGCAAAUUUAUAUAGAUUUUUAUGAUGAAUUGAGGGGUUCAUUAUGCUUUCUUCUUUCAUGCCAACUUGAUGAACUAAAGAAAGCUCGAAGUUCAGAUGUAAAUGGUAAUGGAGGCAAAGCAGAAGCUCUUGAUGAUGAAAUGCAGGAAGUUUCUAAACUAUUGGAAGAGAAAAUGAUUUCUAAGGAAGUUUUUUCAAAGAAAGACCUUGAGAGAAGCACUUGUCUUGACAAAUUCCUCGACGUUCUUCAAGGACCAAAUUUCAAUGUUAUUGAAGCGGAAUUUUCAUUGACAAAAAAACUGCAGUUGGCUGUGAGUGAUUGGAGGGUUACUGCUGAACUCCUGAGGCAUGCAAUAUCGAUGCUGAAAGUUCUAUUGCUAGGUACAGCUGAUGAUCAAUCGCUUUAUGUGCUGACUUGGUCUAAGGUUAUUAAUGUUUGUGUUCAAGAGUUGAGUCAUGGUGCGUCGAUAUGGAAAAGAGCAUCAGAGAAGAAUGUACAACAUCAGAUUUUGUCAGAUUCUCGAGGUCAGCAGUUUAUCCAAGCUCUUGGAGAAAUUUACAAGGUUGUAGAAAUUCUUGGGCUGUCAGCCAAAGUUUACAAGCAGUGGAUACUAUUAAGUCCUUCAUCAGAUCCUUCACAGUUUUUCAGUGUUUUGUUUGAGUGCGGUGCUUUAUGGGUAAAUUCAGGUUUGGAGAGAGCCCUCCAAAAUCUGUCAGAUGGUAUUGAUUUUCAAUGUAAUGAAAGUGCGAAGACAUUAGUCACCUCUAUUACGAAUAUUCGUGAUAUUGAUGUGGUCGCUGUGCAUGAUCGUGUUUUCCGUGAACAUAAAUCUAUUUGUCGCCUGUCCCUACUGCCUCAAGAAAUAAUGGCAGACUUGAAGACAGUGACCUGGGGUGAGAAGCCUUACUUUCUGAACCUUGCUAAUUUGUGGGAGAAUUUGAUCAGCUCUACUCCUCCCCAAUUACCCAAUUUGCAAAUCAGCUGAACAGAUAGAUAUCCGAAAAGUUGUGAUUAUCUCUGUGGCAUACCUUCCUAAAUUUUCAAUGGUUUCAUGAAAUUCCCCCCCCCCCCCCCCUUCCCCCAGAGCAGCAAUAUAAUGGCAACACAGCUGCUUGUUGGAACUCUAUGCACAUUGCUCGGGACGAAAGAUCAAGUGUUCGGGAUAUGAAAUUCUGGUGAAGUCGAAAUCAACUCUAGCCAAUUGUAUGGUUGUACCCCCAUCCCCUUUUGUUUUCCUUCUAUAUCUUGUUAUGAUUUCAUUUGAUACACCAUUCUUUUAUAGUAAGUGUAAUAUAGUGCCCCAGGUAUAGAAAUGUGUAAGGAUGGGUUACAUUGGCAAGAAAUGUUCCCAUCUAUUUUUGAACAUAAAAAUCAAUCUUCAUUAGGAAUCAUAGAUUCAUGUGUAAUUUAUUUUAUAGUUUUGCAGUAAUAAAUUCUCUUAACAAUUGUACUAAAUUUGUGAGAAAGCUAUGUAUUGUAUAGAACAACUGUACUGCGUAACGCUUGGAUAUACAAAAUACUCUUUUUUCUUUUU